AUGGCGUCCUUUUUCGAGAACCUGUGGCAGUCCAUCUUCACGCCGGGCCCCACGCCCACGCUCCUCGUCGCGACCAACGCAUCCUUCGCGGCGCUGCAAGUUCUCUUGUUUGCCAUGCUGCUGGCGACAUACAGCAUACACUUCAUCAUCCUGUCCUUCCUCUGCGGCGGCCUCUGGUGGGCCAUCAACUGGUUUGCAGCCGAGAUCCGCGCCGCGCAGGCCAAAGAGGAGGAAGCGAAGCGCAUACGGGAGGCGCGCCGGGGCAAAGACAAGGGCGAGAAGGGCACGGAUGCAGGCGACGAGGGCGAGGGCAUGGACUCGGGAGACGACACUGAGGUGGAUAAUGAACUCGAGGUGCAGAAACAGCGGCCCACGCAAGCACGCUCUGCGCGACCGGAAUCUCAGAGCACCGUCCUUGUCGACCGGCCCAGCGAGCGCAGCCGGAGGGAAGAAACGCCCCAGGCUUCGGCGGGAGCGGGGGGUCCCGCCGCUGCGAGUACGACGGGCGCGACGACGAAACUUGCGCCGCUGGUGGAUGAUGCGCUGAAGAAGAGGAAGGGCUUGGGCGAGUCGACAGGCGAUCUGAGCACGGAUUCGGAGUGGGAGAAACUCGAUUCCAUCUUCGAGUUCAAAUUGCUUGGGCGCGGCGAUAUAUCCCUCGUCUUGCUCGCAAUCAAGUUGAUGCCCGAUGUUCGAGGUUCGACCUUGCUGCUUGCCCCGCUGCCGAAACAUCCAUCACAGUGCCCUGACACAUCACCACCACUUGCUGUCUACCCCGCGGCAUUCGCGACUUACUCCACCAUGGCCUCGAUCAACGCGCCCGUGAGCAUUGCAGACGUCGUCGCACAGGCGGGCAACUACACAUACAAUGCGCAGAUUCCACUGGCGAGCUGGCUGCGCACAGCUAGUACCAUGCAGAAAGAGGCGCAAGUCUACGAAGCGGAAGGCAAUGACCCACAGACAUACCUCCUCCUAUACCGCCACGCCGACCUCGUGCUCCAACACCUGCAGACACACCCAGACAGAAAUCAGCCGCAGAAUAAGAAGGCGCUCAAUGCGGCGACGACGACAGUGUAUAGCGACUUGAAGAAGCUGGAGACGAUUGCGCCGAGGAUUAAGAAGAGGCAUGAGGAGUUCCAGGAGAGGAGGAGGAAGCAGCAAGACGCGCUGAAAGCACUUGAGGGCAGUGGCGCGGCGAACUUGCCGCAGGAGUUGGAUGGGUUGUCGUUACAGGAUCGAGGGUCGAGGAGGAGGAGGUCGUAUGAUUCUAGGCCUACGCUGGAUGCGUCGGAGAAUCACUCCCUGGCGACAAGACUGGCGCAGAGGGAGCAUGGCGUUUCGGAAGAGGAGGAGCAACAGCGACGAACAGGAGGUAGGUGGGAGAGCUGGCAGGACGAUCUCGCACACGAUGAUGGCCGCGGAGACCUCAUGAAUCAGCUUCAGGAGGUUGCACGCCUACAGCAGAAUGGAGCGAAUGGGCAGAAGUCAUCGUACUCUGAAGUAAGCUACAUCGACUCUAUCCUCCCUGGCAAGGUCCUCGACGACCGCCCUCCCACGCCCUCAACGGAAUUAGACUCCUUCUCCUUCAAACCCUCCGCCUACCUCGAAAAUGGUGACCCCCUGCGCCCCGUAUUCCUCCCCUCCCAACUGCGCCAACAAUUCCUCGCCGUCGCAUCCUCCAAUACGCGCCUCAACCUCGAAACAUGCGGCAUGCUCUGCGGCAUCUUGAAAUCCAAUGCUAUGUUCAUCACGCGGCUGGUCGUGCCUGAGCAAACCUCGACGUCUGAUACGUGCGAGACGCUGAACGAGGAGGAGUUUUUCGACUACUGCGAUAAAGAGGAAUUGCUUGUGAUUGGCUGGAUACACACGCACCCCAGUCAGACAUGCUUUAUGAGUAGUCGCGAUUUGCAUACGCAUGUGGGCUAUCAGGUUAUGAUGCCCGAGAGCGUGGCGAUUGUUUGUGCGCCGAGUAAGACGCCUAGCUGGGGCUGCUUCCGCCUGACCGAUCCGCCGGGCAAGCAGGCCAUCUUGAACUGCUCGAAACCCGGCAUUUUCCACCCGCAUGAUGUGGAGAAUAUUUAUACCGAGGCGGUUAAGCCGGGGCAUGUUGUUGAGCUCGUCAACGCGCCGUUGGAGAUUGUGGAUAUGAGGCCGAAGAAGAAGUUUUAG